AUGUCGAAUUUAUACACGAUUGCUAUUGCUCUUCUCUUGGCAGUCUUAUGUGUGAAUAGUGAACCAUUAAAUCUCGCAUACCGUGCUGCUGUACAACUUGAAUCGGGUGUUACAAUUAUAUCUAGCUCAUCACAGGGAAAGAAAGGCUUAACAUUUGUUAAAGAAGCUCAUUUGGUUGACUUCGGUAUUGAUCUUGUCGGAUGUCGAAACUGGUCUGAUCCAAACGGAAUGGAUUGCAAUGCUUAUUCAGGUGACACUCUUUGUACUGAACGGCGACCAGUUCUUUGCACAAAAGUUGAUAAUUCACCUCGCCCAGCCUAUAUUAUUCUCGGACAAGGUGCGGCCAUGCCUGCGUCUUUCUAUGCUGGCUGGAAUCGCGGUCAUAUUGCGACAACUGUUCCUGUUCAAGGUUCACAAUUUGCUAAUCGAGCUGCUGUUGAUGCUUAUUGUGCACAAUCAUUUGGUACUGGUUGGAACGUUGCACAAUUCCAUGAUGGUAUGUUCAUCUCAGGUAUGAAUGGAACAACAUAUUCAGGUGCUAGUUGGACGAACAACGCUAAGAAUCAACAGUCGGGUGGUUGGCACUAUUAUUCGUACGGCGAUGUCCGAAACGAUAUUCGAUUCUGGGUGCAUAUCAGGGAUCAACCAUCUACUUGUUGGGCACAGUAG